AGCAUUGAAAGAAAGAAUUGUUGUCAGAUUAGCAGACCAAAAACAGUUAACCUGCUUUAAAGAUAAACCCUCCAUCGCCAACCAAAAACAGAGUUCCUUAGAAAAAGAUCAGCUUAGGUUCUUGCUUUUCGGUUUAAUCAUGAAGCAGCCCAGUUCUUCAGGUUCCCAGGAUGCUUUGAAUUUCAUCAUCCCACCAAAAGAGGAGAUGAAUUCAAAGAGGAAGCAAAUUUACAGCAGGGAAUUCCAAGCAUUGUUAGAUGAUUUAGAGGAAGAAGAUAGGUUAGAAGAAGUCGAUCAAGCUACUGAGAAGAAAAGGCGAUUAUCCUUCAAUCAAGUCAAGGCCUUGGAGAAGAAUUUCGAGUUGGAAAACAAGUUAGACCCAGAGAGAAAGGUGAGAUUAGCUGAAGAAUUAGGGCUUCAGACAAGGCAAGUUGCUAUCUGGUUCCAAAAUCGCCGUGCCCGUUGGAAGACCAAGCAGUUGGAGAAAGAGUACGUUGUCCUUAAAUCCAAAUAUGAUGCUCUCGAGCUUGAUUACGACAAACUUGAACAAGAGAAACAAGAUUUAACUGCAGAGUUGAUGGAACUGAAAGCUAAGUAUAAAGAAGAGAAGUCAGAAAGCAGCAGCCAGUCGGUUAAAGAAGAUUCUUCAAAAUUUUCACAGCAAAUCAAAGACCAUGGUUUCUGUGAAAAUGAUGAUGAUUCCAAUGGAAUUGUCAAAGAAGAAAGGAAUGGAAAUGCUCAAUUGUUGAUAUCAUCUUCUUCUUCUUUGCAGAUGAAUGGAUAUUGCUCAUCUUCGGAUUCAUCGAAUCAUCACUGGUUUCUACCAUUGGACACGAGUACGAUUCUGGGUAAUAUGUACCAACCGCAGUUAGUGAAAGUGGAAGAGCAAUGUGUGUUUACACCUGAGGAACCUUAUAAUUUCCUCUCAGUUGAUCAAGCUCCCACGCUUCAAUGGUACUUCACAGGGCUGUAAAAUCAAUGAUGUCACCCAAAAUCAUAAAGCUCUUAAAAUUCUUGGUGAAAGAAUAGAUUAGCUAAAGUUUUGUAAUUUAUAUAUAAUGAUUAGUU